GACUUCUAAUGCGAUAGUGAGAUAGUGAUGAGGUAACAAUGACGUGGCUAAUUUACUUGAAAUUUGAUGUUAAUAUUCAAAUACUAAUUGAGUGUUUUUUUAUCAAGCUUGUGUUUCUGACUAGUGUUUCUUAAUUACAAGGAUAGAACUUAAGAGUUGGAUAUUGUAGAAGAGCCUAUUAAUAAUACUCCCUCCGUCCCGAAAUAAACGUUCUGCUUUCCUUUUCGGUCCGUCCCAAAAUAAAUGUCUCACUUUUUAAACUUCCUUAUUUGGUAAACAAAUCUGUACCAAACAAUGUCAAACAAUGUCGCUACAAUGCCAAAGAGUGUCAAACAGUGCAAAACAGUGUCGCUACAGUGCCUAACAGUGUCACUACAGUGCCAAAUAGUUUGCAGUCAGAUUCAUUUUCUUAAUCUGUGUGAAAGUCAAAGCGGGACGUUUAUUUCGGAACGGAGGGAGUAAUUUUCUACUCCCUCCGUAACAUUCAUAUCUUCCCACUUUCCUUUUUUGGACGUAACAUUUAUAUCUUCCCAUUUCUAAAUCUUCUCAUCAUACCCUCAAUAAUUUAAAAAAUAAUACACUACUACACCUACUUUUUUUGGAAUUAUCCUUCAUUCCAUCACAUUAUUUCGCCAUCUUCCCAUCAUACCCUCAAUAAUUCAUACCCCAUUUCACUAUUCUUAAUCUCACCCACUUUGGAAGUGGGAAGAUAUAUGUGAUACGGAGGGAGUAUAAAACUAUAAUCUAUAUCCUCCUCUAUUCAUUUUCUAGAAGUUGUAACAUAGAGAUAUAGACGAGUAGACAAGGCCAUCCCAAGCUUCCCAGAAAAAGUACUCUGUUUUGCUACACAGGUGUGGGAUUGGUUGUUGGACUUGUCGUCGUAGGUUGAAUUGGUCAGCACCAUGAGAUUUCAGGAAACAAAAUCUAUCCUCAUAUAUAUUUCCACCACUCAUUUCAUUUCAGUACUUCCUUUUCCUUCCCUAUUGCUCAUAUGACCAAAAAUACUCGGUUUCUCCAGUCAAACUUCAAGCGCUCUCAUUUGGACUUCUUAUUUCCCUUUUUGCCCAUUUCUCUUCCACAUUCCUUUUCGUGGCAUAUCAAUCAUUCAGUUCUAAAAGUGCCCUCACCUCCCUCAACUGGGUAUAUAAAGGAACACGUCUUUAAAAGUUUUCCUCCCCAUCCAACCCAAAGACAAUUAUCAAAUCACCUUACCCAGUGACCCAAACACAAAAUGGAUAGUUGGGAAGACAAAAAAGCUUUGAUCACUGAGCUAACACAAGGGAUGGAGUGUGCCAAACAGCUUAGAUCCUAUUUGCACUCCCAGCCUUCUCAUUCUUCUGUUUCUUCUGAUACUCAUCGCUUUCUCUUAGACAAGAUAGAAACUUCUUUCCAGAUAUUACUCUGUCUUCUCCAUCCACCACCUUCCACUACUGCCCCUGAGUCUUCCAUCUCUGUCGAAGGAAGCCCGCCAAAUGAGGGCAUCCACAAGAGCAUGAACGAGUUCAGAAGUAUGACGACGAAAAGGAGGAAGUUGUUGCCAACAUGGACAGAACAGGUUAGAGUAGUUACUGAUAAUGGACUUGAAGGUCCUCCUGAAGAUGGUUAUAGUUGGAGAAAGUACGGCCAGAAGGACAUUCUUGGAGCUAAAUAUCCAAGAAGCUAUUACAGAUGUACGUACCGACAAAUGCACAACUGUUGGGCCAUCAAACAAGUUCAAAGAUCUGAUGGUGAUUCGAGCUUAUUCGAGAUCACAUACAAAGGGGCACAUACAUGUCGGCAAGUACCACCCAAGAAAAAAGAACUAGAACAAAACUCAUACCACCACAAUGAUAGUCUCUCGAUGCAACCAACAAGUCAGAUGUUAACGGAAUUCAGAUCAAACCUGAGGGUCGAUACUAAUGACUUUGAAGGGAAGGAGACACUAUCUGCUUUCUCCUUCCCUCAAACAUUCCCUGGUGGAUUAACAGAUGAAAACCAGCAACAGUUCCAGAUUUCACAGUAUGACUUAGGGACUUACUCGCCCUCCUUUGCUUCUCCUACCACUUCUGAGUCAAACAUCUUUGGUGCAGUUCAAAAUUUUCACUGCUCUGAGUCAAUAAUUGAGUCACCAGACCUCAAUGACAUAUUCUCAGCCACCACAUCAUCCACAAACUCUCCAAAUGUGGGCUUGGAUUACACACUUGACCUGGAAAAUUGUGACCCAAACUUCCUGUUUGAUGCCUCAGAGUUUUUCCAAUGACCCCAGGCCCCAUCUAGCCUAGAUGAGGAAGAAAGAAAGAAAGAAAGAAAGAAAGAAAGAAAGACAGCGGUAGGCAGGGGAGUAAUCAUCAAGUUUGGCACUUUUGGCAUAUAUAGAUUUUGACUACAAAAGUACUUGUAAGAAAUAAACAAAAUUCUUUUUAACAAUUAAAUUUUGUAUUAGAAAUCGACUGUUUCGAGGACAAAAAUACUCGAAACAGUCAGUUUUUCCUUUAUUGUUGCUAAUUUUUUAAAUGUUAAGUCAUUUUACGCCAGCCGUAUAAACGAGCAUAUAUUGCAUUACUCCUCCUAUCAUGUUGGCUUUUUAUGAUUGAGCCAAAGUAUUAAUAAUAGUAUCAAAACCUAUUAAGGUCAAAUGAGAAAUUUUG